AUGCCUCCGCCCCCAAUCCCUCCUUCGCACCCACCCGCCGACCCGCGAGAAUCAACUACCACGGCAACACAACCGCCGACGCUGAGGAAAAAGCCCUCGGCGGGUAUUCUGACUACCACCACGUCCGCCUUGGGCCACAGAACAACACGCAUCACCACCACCGCAGCCGCCGCCCCGACGACCACCUCCGCCUCCUCCCCUGCCGUGCCGUUGUCCCGCCAUCCGUUCAAACGGAGGGACCAAAAUGCAACGUCGACAGCACGGGGCAUGAGGGCUGGAUUUGAUCCGAAAGCGCCCACGCCGACGACGGCGAGGCAGACCACUCCAAGGAUGCCAUCCUACGAGCGACCAGGUCCCACUGGUACUCGACAACCACAAGUCCCAACCGCAGCAAGGGCAGUAAACAACAGCGGCAAACCGCCAGUGACUCCAAAAGUAGCGACGCGUCUUGCUCCUUCUACUACUUCUACUCAACACCAGAACCCGACAAGCGUUGCGACACCGCUGCCACGACGCCCAAGGCCUGAUACCAUCUUGAGCGCCAAUGGCUCGGGGCCGCGCGAUAAACUCGACAUCACUUCCCCCGUAGCCGCAUUCUUAAACACCACCAAUGUCACACCGAGAUCUGGAUCAAGACAAAACCGCGUUGAAAGCGCCCACAGCACUCCGAACGCCACCCCCAAUAUUGAACGACACGAUUCUUUCGACAGUAGAAAUGGGCUGGCUAUCUCGCCAUCCGUUGUUGACGAUGUGACUUCGAGACGACCCGUAGUAACAUUCAGUCCGGCCUCCGAUGUGAGUGGCGCUGGCCAUCGUCAGGACCCGGAUUCAAAGUUCUUUUAUGCCGCAGACGUUCCGAGACAGACCCAGCAAGCACAUCCGAGACCAGUAGUUGCACCGCAACAAGCGAGGAACACAACUUUUUUCCAUGCCAGCGGAAGCCCUGCUCCAGAUCGAUCAAGUGUUGUCUCUCCACUGGUAUCUCCUGCUGCCACCAGCAAUGACAGUCUCAUGAGCAAGUUCUUUUAUGCAAACGGAGCACCAGAAUUACAGCCUGCCCCCAAAUUUGGACCAACGAGGAGAGGACCGAGCUCGGUCGUGUCUACAGCUUCUAAAAUACCAACAAACCGGACGGGCAAUGCGCUCAGGCCAACUUCUCCUGUUGGGGUCCAACCCAAGGUCAAGAGCGGACACAACACACCCCUUGUGUCUCCUCGAUCCCCCAUAGCGAGCUCACACCAUCGACUCAGCGUGGGCAGCCAAGGAAGGUCUGGACUGGAACAAACUCCCCAUUCUACCGGUGCAGAAAGAGCCCACGCUCGCCCAAAGAGCCUGACCAUUGCCGAUGCUCCUGCCAUAGCCAGGCUUAUGUCUUCUCAUGGCUCCAUCCCCCCCACCCCUGCCUCUGAGGCAACAUCUCCCCUAUUUGCCCCACCGAGCACGAUUCUUCCAGGAAGCCCAGGCAUGAGUGGGUUUGCAUCACUUCUUCAGGCUGCCGAGGAUUUUGCCGAAUCAGAAGAAGGGAAGUCAGAGUCGCUGAACAGCCCAGCGAAGUCUAGCUCGCAGGAAAAGGAACCGCUGAGUGAUUUGGUCGCCAACGCGCGCCGAGAGCGCAAAGUGCAAGAUUUGCAAAUUACAAACGCCAGUCUUGAGGCAAUCAAUAGGACGUUGGAAAGGCAAUUGCGGAAGCAGACUGCUGAGCUGCGGCGUUAUAAGCGGAUGUCGAGGAUGAGCAUGGCCUCGUUGAGUAGCCGCGUCCCAUCGGCCUCGACAGCUGCAGGUGGGGGAUUGGCGAAAGCUGGAAUGGAGCUGAAUGAUCUCAACGAGGAAGAGGGUGAGAUUGCAGCGGGGGACGCUGCGAUAGAGGAACUGGAAGAGGAAGACGAAGAGGAAGAAGAAGAGGAGGAGGAGGAAGAUUCCAUGUCUGGCUCGGAGCAUUCGGAUUCGGGCAGUUCCGGGGCCAACACGGAGCGCAAUGAGUCGCGCCAGAAGAGAGACGAGCGGAGGCUUCAGAUUGAUCUCUCCAAGCAUCAACAACUGCUCGUCGACAGUCAGAAAAUGAACCAAAGUCUGAAGCGGUGUUUGGGGUGGACGGAGGAGCUGAUCAAGGAAGGAAAACGAGCUCUUGCCUACAAAAUUACCGUCAGCGACAUUGAGUUGGGCGGUCGGGUACUUGUUCCCGAGGAGAUUGAGGCUCUAGAACCGCAACAGGAAGAGGAUGGAAGCGUCAUGGAAAACGAUAUUGAAGACUACGAGGAUGAACUAAAAGACGACUCUCUUUAUGGGGAAGAGCCUCGGUUGGACAAUCUAGGUAGUACCGACACCGAAAACGACGACCUGAAGGACGAUUCCCUCUAUGGAGACGACCCUCGCUUGGACGAUGAUCUCAGAGACGACUCUCUUUAUGGGGACAACCCCCGCUUAGACGACGAUUUUCGAGAUGAUUCUCUUUAUGGGGACAUCCUUCGCUCGGAUGAUGAUCUUAGAGACGACUCCCUCUACGGCGACAACCCUCGCUAUGAUGACGAUCUCAAAGAGGACUCUUUAUAUGAGGAAAAUCCUCGAUUAGACGACGACCUUGACAGCAGUGACACUGAGGAUGAGAAAGAACGACGAAAAACGUGGAGGCCAGAUGCACAGGACAGGGACAGUGGGGUCGAGUUGCCUACUGACAGCAGGUAA